AUGCCCUCUCCUCCAUAUACGGCGGAACCAGGCAAUUGGUUCCUACGCGGUGUCCAGUCGGCAGUGUUCUACUACGUUUCCUGUACACCUUGGGUUGAGUUCAAACACAAGCGCAAAAGAAGAAGGGAGGCCAGAGAGCAGGCGCAAGAAAGAGCCGAUGUUGUUGUCACUCAACCGGGCCGGGUGAGACAGCCAGCUCCAUUUCAGACGAACGAAGCAUGGGCGGAAGAGUUGAUGCUGGGCCCUGGUCCACCGAAAGGGUGGAAGAAGGAUUCUCUCCUAGCGAAACUGCAGAGCAAGGUACACAAAGAGUCACCGGAGUCCUUCACACCUGACCCUGAGCUGCUUGCUUUGCAACCGCAGCCCACGGAAGCCUCUGCAAGGCCCUUUGCGGACUCGACUACGGAAACAUCGAGCACCAGUGGGGCUGAAGAAGACAACACCAACAGAGUGAAAUCUGCUCCAAGCCCAACAAGACCACUUAGGGAGAGGAGACUAUCCAAUGCUGUGGAUAACAUCAAAGAAUCCCUGCGUACAUCAUUACAUCCGCCCAAGUGGAACUGGAAAAGAUAUGAUCGGGAAGAUGAGAUACUUGCCGGCUUUACUGAGAGAGUCACAAGAAUGUGGAAUCGCGCCACGUCUGGGAUGCAUCGUGAAGAUGCAGGAGAUCAAGAGGAACAAGACGAAGCCCCAGCACACAAGCGGAAGCGAACGCUCACGAACGAGAGCGAGCGUUACGACUAUUACCGGGCAAGACACCCGGAAGUGAAUGAUAUGCACCCGCCAAUUGUGUCUCAACUACCGGCGACGAGGGCAGAAGCGGCCUGGAUGCUGCUUCCACCUCCGAGUGCGGCGGUGAUGGAAGCACGAACAAGACCUGCUGCAGAACCGGAGAUGCGCUGGCCGCUAUGCGUCAUAGGGCGACCGCUGAGAGAUACGGAGCCCAAGCCAUCGUUGGCUAAGACGCGAUCUACAGAACAAGUCCACUCCCGGGGCAUCGGCCACUUUACUGACGCUGAGGAUGAAAAACACUCCUUGGACAGCAUAGACGACCCAAGCGAGGAUGAAAGUGUCCAAGGCAGCGACAUCCGAAGGGAGAACCAGAAUCCUUCGCGCAUCAAACAUCUAUCAGAUCCUAUCAUCAGACCCCCUCCUAUACACCCCGUAUCACGGAUUGCUGGAGAUCUCUUUGUCCCCAAGAGACGAGAUUCAUGGCAAUUCCAUUAUGUUGUGCCAUCGAACCAGCCGGUGGAGUGGUGA